CUUUGUUUCUACCAGUUACCUGGUCGUUUCUUUGUGAUUAUGUGGCAGGAAUUUCAGCUGUACUGAGAUAUGGACAAGAUCAUGUUGAUGAUGGCGCUGAUAAAUCCUAGCUUCGUCACUGCAGCAACGACAGACUGCCGCGCCCUACACGACUGGCACCACUGCCUCUGGGUCAGAUAUGCCGACGGCUCCUGGCCCGACACAAGAGAGACAUGUCACAAGUUCCAAACCGACCUCGCCUCCUUCUCCAACCCAUCGGAGGCCUCUAUACUGAAGGCAAAGCUGCGUCCUCACGUCUCCUACUGGGUGGGGAUCCAGUUAAGACCGCCUUUAUCUGACCCAAUCUGGCUGGAUGGCAUCAGAGAAACCGACUCCACCCGGUUCCCGAUCCUUGAUGGAGCGAGUCCCGGAAAGACGGGUGUGUACUGCGGAUGUGUGCAGCUAGCAGACCACGGGAGCCUGGAGUGGGGGCUGGAUGACUGUACUUACUCCAAGCCCUUCAUCUGUGAGCGAACUGUCCGUGAAGACAACAAGACAACAAAACACACAGCUGCUACAUCACAGCAUACAUCGUCGUACACACCUACUAUCACACAAGGCACUGCCGCGACGAAAACAACUGAUACACCACCACCACCAGCUCAACUAGCUUCUUCAUCCUCUACUACUUCAACCAUCACUGUCACCGGAAACCCGACGUUAUCCACCACUGCCACCGGAAAUCCGACGUCAGCCAUCACUGUCACCGGAAACCCGACGUCAGCCAUCACUGUCACCGGAAACCCGACGUCAGCUAGGUAUCCCAACGCGCUGACGUUGCCCACUCACAUGACCAUGACUACUGCGCAUCCACAGACACAUCACGUGACACAACAUACCACCACUCCCGACGUCGUUAGUGUCAUCACGGUGACUUCUGGUACGACACACAAGCCACACCAGCCCCAGCUGCAGAUGCGCCCUCGUUCGCGGAAACGCCGUCGGCUACCUGCGCACAUUCACCUGUUGUUACCUGCGCAUGUCCGCAUCCGUAGAACAAGACACUGUCACCCCGACAGCUUACACGUGCACGCUCAAGCAUGCUGUUUUAACGGGGCAUCACUCAGCUGCGUUACCUCCUCGCGCCUCAUCUUCGCCUGCCCGCCGCCGUACCCAAGGUGCAUCGCUGCGUCUCAUAACCCGGUUACAUCUACCCAAGCUGUUGCGCAUGCUCAAACAUUAACCACAACUAACACUUUUUCAGCAGCAACAACUGCACUACAUUCAACUUCGCCUACUGGAACACCAUCAGCUACACAUGUAAAUAGGAUGCAGUCCACGAUGACACCCAAGAGAAGAGUGUCUUCGACUUUCCUGAGUCCGGCUUUCCAGGGGAACAUACAUUUUGAUCAAAAUGAAGGUUUAGCACUGUGCAGCGAAUCGGAUCAGCCUUUGGAUUGUCUUUUGGUUCAUAUUCAAGAUGGCGAUCUGAAACCGAAAGUGACAUACCAUGCAUUGCUCAGGCUUUUCCGUGAUCUGCGUAUUUCCAUGACAAUAUCUCACUCGCAGCAAACAAAGACAAACUUCGAGAACUUCUUCCGGAUACUAAACUUUUUCAUCGAGGGCAGCUACAGUCAGCACUGGAAUAAAUACAACAUGAGCCUGUGUGACGUCAUAUCUAUUGUGGAGGUGUUCCUGAACAGAAACAUCCAACACCUGCCCCUGAGUGACGUCAUCAGCAGGACGUAUUCGCAUAUUGAAAUACUAAUUAAGCGUAUACCAAGAAAAAUGAUGAAGCACUUCCACUACCGUGACAAGAAUGGUCUCGGAAACAUAACACACAUCCGCCCGACAGCACCGCUUAAUACGUCAUUCAACGACGAUGUCGUCGUCGCUAUCGUGCUGAUGAAGGUGCCAGUGCUGCAGGUGGCGCUCGUAGACAGCAACGACAGCGGGUUGGUGCUGAGCCCCGUGUUGUCUCUGACCGCCUACAGCAGGGAGCGACAUGUCAGUCUUACUCAUACGUUCAACCUCCUUCACACGAAAAGCGGAGAUCAGUUCCGUGUACUAGAGAUGGAGGAGGGUGGGCACCCCAUGCAGUGUGUGUUCUGGGAUAACAGUUCCAGAGCAUGGUCGACAUAUGGAUGCACUAUGACGUCAUCAAACAACUUGACGUCACAGUGUUACUGCAACCACACCACCAACUUUGCCAUUCUGAUGCAGAUUAAUGACUUUGAGCUAGCCGCUAGUGACAAGCUAGCUCUAGAGGUGAUCACGUACAUCGGCUGCAGUGUGGCUCUCAUCACUCAGGUGUUCGCCAUCACCGUCUACACGUUCGUGGGAUCACUGAACACUGAACGAGUGUACAUGUAUGUUCAUCGGAACUUGUGUAUCGCCAUUGUGUGCGCUCAGGUCACCUUCCUGGCGGGCAUCGACGCCGUACAACACAGGCUGGUGUGUGCGGCGGUGGCGCUGGUGCUACACUACUGCUACACCGCCGUGUUCGUCUGGAUGCUGGUGGAGGGGCUGCAUCUCUACAGCAAGGUGGUCCAGGUGUUCGGCACGGAGCGCUCCCGCAUGAUCUACUACAUGACCUUCGGAUGGGGUGUUCCCGUGAUUCUGGUGACGAUCUCGGCCGCAGCAGACUGGGAGGGGUACGGAACAGAACACAGCUGCUGGUUGUCCACAAGUAGAAAAACCAUCUGGACAUUCGUUGGACCCGCCCUGGCUAUCAUAAUAGUUAACAUGGUCAUCUUAGCUGUCGUCAUACGGAUCGUCAUAUCCUCGUCUAAACUGGAGAAACACGGCGAAUAUGACCACAUAAGGGCCGGCAUCAAGGGGGCGUUGUUUCUUCUACCCCUCCUCGGACUCACGUGGGUGUUCGGGCUGGCUGCCGUCAACCAACGCCUCGUUGUCUUCCAAUACCUCUUCGCCAUCUUCAACUCCCUGCAAGGCUUCUUCAUCGCCAUGUUUCACUGUGCGUUCAACGGCGAGGCGAGUAUUGUGAUCACUAUCAUCAUUUAUCAUAUUUUGUAA